CAUCGUGGUGAUGAAACGCUCGGUGGCAACUUGGUUCGCCACAUAUACAUCUGAAUCCUCGGUACCAAUACCAAUCCUCACGGUCUCCGCCGCCGCCGCCGCCACCGCAGCAGUCAUGCCUCCGCCGUCACUGCUGCGCCCUCCGCUCUCGCUGCUCCUCCGCCGCUCCCAGACCCCAUCCCCUCUCCGACGAAUCCCCAGCUUCACCCCAUCCCCUCUGCUCGUCCCGCCCAAGCGGCGGCACCUCUCCGCCGCCGCCGCGCAGCUCGCCGACCCGCUCUCCGCCGCAGGGGCGGAGGAAGCGGUGGCGGGCUUCGUCACAGGCAAGCGUAAGGCCACCGAGGUAGCCCACGCGGUGUGGAGGAGUAUCGUUCAGAAAGGAGAUGCAGUGGUUGAUGCCACCUGUGGGAACGGAAAUGAUACGUUUGCUCUGCUUAAGAUGGUGUCCGAUGACACCGGGCGAGGGCGUGUUUACGGGAUGGACAUCCAAGAUUCUGCGAUCGAUAGCACUUCCUCUUUUCUGAAAAUGGCCGUCGACAGUCGCGAGAUGGAGCUAGUCAAGUUGUUUGCAAUGUGUCACAGUAGAAUGGAGGAUAUUGUUCCAAAAGAUUCUCCUGUCAGGCUUGUAGCAUUCAAUCUGGGCUACCUUCCAGGAGGAGAUAAAAAAAUAAUCACAGUACCUGAGACAACUGAGCUGGCACUACAAGCUGCCAGCAGAAUUGUUGGCUCAGGGGGACUCAUAAGUGUCCUUGUCUACAUUGGGCAUCUGGGUGGGAGGGAUGAACUCAAUAUUGUUGAAUCAUUUGCGUCAAGCUUGCCUGCUGAUACAUGGGUGAGCUGCAAGUUUGAAAUGAUUAACAGGCCAGUUGCUCCAGUACUAGUUCUUCUGCACAAGAAAUGAUUGCAGUUCCAGUGAAGCUCUAAAAGUUUGAGACUCCCCGUUCCAGUUCGUGAUGAAUGAAAUGCCACAACGCAUACUGCGAUCCUGAAUUUCUGAUUAUGAUUAUGAGUUACGAGAAGGAAAUUCUGUAAAGGCUACAGUUAGUUUUUUUUGCUACAGUUGGUUGUAACUGAAUGGUUAAGGUGUUCUGGUGAUUGCUCCCAAGGAUUACUCCACGAAAAUAUCGGCACUAAGGUGUUCUGCGUCUGGCUGUUCAUGUGUAAUCCCUGGAUUAACUAUCUUCAGUGAAGUUGCCAGUACUCAAGUACAUGAACCUUGAUGCAA